AUGAUCAUCACUCGCGCCCUCUCCAUCACCAACUUUGUCAUCGCUGGCUCUGCACUCAGCUUCCAGGUGGGUGUUCUGUACCCAUGGCACAAGCAGCUUGACGAUGGCUUCGAGGAGCUCAAGAAGGAGCACUUGCGCGUCCUGCAAGCCGUCGAGUCGAAGGUCCAGCAAACACGAGACGCCGCUGUUCUAGAAGAGAGCCGUAACAGCGUUCGCGGCUUGCUCGGCAAUCUUGCCGCAUGGAAGGCCUGA